CAAGAAUUAAAUAAUAAGUGUUAAAUUUCUGUUUUGUUUAUCCAACUCAACUUUAAUUAACCUUCCGUAGUGUUGGUUUUAACUUCAUUGGUUAUGGAUUAUUAUUUUGUCAAAAUAUUUAGGACGCCUUAUUAUUAGAAAGCUCUCAUAAGAUGGUUAAAGUUUAUUGUACGGUAUGUCAUAAACGAUGUAAAGGUGAUGUAUUGAAAAUUGAACAACAAUUUGUUCAUUACAAAUGUUUUCAAUGUAUCAAAUGUUGUAAAAAUUUAAAACAAGGUGGAUUCUUUGUUAAAGAUCAAAAUUUCUAUUGUCCAAAUGAUUAUCAAACACAAUUUGGUGUAAGAUGUGAAACGUGUCAGGGUUAUGUAGAAGGUGAAGUUGUUACAGUAUUGGGGAAAACUUUUCAUACUCAUUGUUUUCGUUGUACAACAUGCAGACGUUUAUUCAAUUCAGGAGAACGAACUACUAUAGUGGAUGGAUCUUAUUAUUGUAUGUCAUGUUCAUCAAAUCUUACAAAUGGUGAUGUACUGCAUAAAACUGUCGGUAGUAACACUCGUGAUGGUACUGCUGCGGCUGCUACUAUUACUAAUGGUUCGAAUGGUGUCUGUUCUACUUCAUCUUCACCAUCAUCUAAUUCUCCUUCAUCAAAAUCAGAUCAAUUUAAUCCAUUAUCGUUGUCAACAUCUGGUCAUCAAUCACAAACAUUACCUACAAUAAGAACUUCUCCCUCUUCUACACCGAUACAUCAUCCAAUUAAUCAUACCGAUGAUAGUAACACUCAAAAUCAUAAUCAUUAUCAACAAAAUCUCAUUACUGAUGCUAAUCUUAAAUCAUUUACAUCUCUUAAUGAUCAACUUAGUGUACAAAUUCAUGAAAAUGGGUGUUCAAUUCCUGGCAGUGAAUACCAUAAACAGAAGUUAGAAGAACAUGGUAUGGGACCAGUAACAAUUGAUACUUUACUAUCUACUACACCUGGACAAACUAUAUCACCUAAUUCAUUUACACCAUCAGCAUGUGAACGACGUAUCUGUCCACCAGGUGUUGAUUAUGGUCGUCAAUAUCCUAUAUCUUAUCUUCAAUUAGCAGAACAAGGUUUUACAGCUAUAAUGAGUAGUGAAGAAUUAAAUCCAAAUAUGAGUAAUGAAAAUAUUGGUCAUCGAUCUAGAUCAUUAGCAAGAUCUAAUAAUUUCAGUUCAUCACAUCAUACACCAAGUCAUCAACAUGUAUCAAGAAGAGAUGUAGUUAGAUCAGCGACAAGUAAUUCUAUGCCGUUCCGACGUUUAAAUGAUAUUGAAUUACAAAAGCAAGUAAAUGGAUGUAGCCCAUCUAAAUUACCAAGUUAUAGUGGUACAUCGAUAUCUGUUGGAGUAUCGAACACACCGAUCUCACUAACAGGUCGACCUAAACGUGAUAUGUAUGUUCGACAACGUCAACUUUCACCUGGUUCCAGUUCUCUUGGGUCUGGUCUUAUGGGUUUCCGUCGUUCAGAACGAAUGAAUUCAUCCACAUUACCACCAGGCUUAGAAAAUAUACGCCAAUCAACAGGUCGUUAUUCUUGUCGAUCUACUCCGAAUGUAACUGGGAAACGUGGAAUGACUCAGUUAGCUGAAUCACUUGUUCGACCUCGACUUGAUCGUACUGCUAGUCCACCAUCUGCUACACUUUAUUGGUCUGAAGCCCGAAGACUUGCUUCUUUCCCAAAUGCUCGUUUACCAGAUUCCAAUAGUUUACCGGCUAUAGACAGAUAUGAUUUUCCUGCUCCACCUUCACCAGCUGUUGUUAUGAUUGAUAAACGUCGUGAGAAACGUAUGACUGGUGUACAGUCAAUUGGUGUAGAUAGUAGAAAUGGUACUCUAAGAAAUGGAACAAUGACAUCAGUCGAUACAGACUGGACCGAUCGUGAUCCAGUACUAAAUGCUAAACUAGAUCGAAUUGAUGCUGAAAUUGAGACAUUGAAACGAUUAGGUGAAAGUUCCGGUAUUACAGCGGCUCUUAUUCAAGAAUUGGAAGCCAGUAAAUCACAUGUUCAUGAAACAGAUUUAGAUCCAAUUUCUGCUUCACGAUCACCGAAUGCAAAUGUAGAGCCUGGUUACAAAACACGAUAUAGACGGCAUGGAUAUACAUCUCCGUCACGUGAUACUAGGAGAGAUCGUCGAAGUGGUCAUAAUUUAUCUUAUCGAUUGGAAUAUUCCAGCACCGGUGGACGUUCAGGAACUAUACCCAGCUUCCCAUCAAGAUACGAUCAUGAGUAUGCAGUCAGACAACAUGGUCAAUACAUGAGAUCAACUUAUUCAGCUCCACGUCCUGGCUACACUUCUGGAAUACUCUAUGGUCGAGCGGUUAGCUUACCUCGACCAUUUAUCGGUGCAGAAAAUGGUGAUACACUGCUAGAUCAAAGUACAUUAUCGGGACAUGUUCCAGUUGCAAGUUCAGGUAUACGUGGAUCUUUAUCAACAACUUUAAGAACAAUUCCAUCACGUCAUAGUUAUCAUCCAGGUGGACAUUCCAAUCAUUCAGGUGAAGCUAUCAAUGGUCCUGAUCGUACAGUUACUGUAUCGGAAUCAUUGAAUACUAAUUUUAUCGAAAAUGAAUCACGUCCAAUUGCCUUUCAUGAUGGAUUAGGUUCAUUGACAACAUCAGGUUUAUCAAUGGAUGGCUUUAUGGCAGAAUCCGGUGAUGAUAUAACUAUUACUAGUCCACUUAAUGGUUAUUUUUUAAAAUCUAGGACUGUAGCUGGUCUGCCUAGUUCUGUAACAGGUCUUCGACCAGUUGGCUUACCACCACAUCAUCCUUAUCAUCAUCAUCAUUACAAAAGUAGUACUUCAGCGAUGAGGCGUGGACGUACUAGUACUCCAGCACCAGCUACAGGUGGUAGUGGUAUGGGUUAUUUAACUGAUCCUGAUCUACUAGAUAUUGAUGCUUAUCCGUCUGUACAAAGUUGGUUAAGGCCUACUGCAUCAUCAUCGAAAUAUGAAAAGUCUUUCAAAAUUUAUCCUUAUGAAAUGUUAAAAUCAUCAUCAAAUCAAUUAUUGAAAGGGGUGGAUAGAACACAGUUAGAGUGUUAUUUAUCAACGGAUGAAUUUGAACGUUUAUUCAACAUGUGCCCUGAAGCAUUUCAACGGUUACCUGAAUGGAAAAGAAAUGAUUUAAAAAAGAAAUUAGAUUUAUUAUAAUCAAUUUAUUUAAAUGAUGAACAAACGUUUCCCAAUCAAAUAAAAACCGAUUGAUGAUGAUGAUGAUGAUGAGGAUAACAAUAACAAUAAUGAUGAAUAUGUUCCAAGAAGUAAUAGAACUAAUUUAUUGAUUUUAUUUAUUCAAUAUUUAAGAAUGAAAAAAACAAACACCCAGUUAAUUUCUAAUUUUAUUCCUCUUAUCAUCUUUGAUUCGAAUAUGUUUGAACAAGUAUGAGGAUAUAUAAUUGAAAUAUGUAUCAACUUCUUCUUCUUCUUCUUAUCCUUUUUUGUUCUUGAUAAAUUUCAUCAUAUGGCACAAUAUCUUCAUGUUUGUCACCUGCACUACAUUUUGUAUGUGUGUGUGUGUGUGUGUGUGCGUGUAUUCAUAAGGCAUCAGUAAGAGUUUGUAACGAUCUCCGACAUCGUCAUCCUGAUCAAUAUAACACUGAUAGUAGCUCCAUUACAUCUAUUUGAUAAAAAGGAAACAAAAUUGAAUGAUACGGUUAAUUUAUUCGACUUUUAUUUCGUUCUUUUUUUUUAUUUAUUGUUCAAUUGUAUUCUAUUUCUCUUUCUUUUUUUUUUUUUGUUUUGUAAAAUAAUAAAAUGUCUUUUAUUUUUACAAAGAAUGUACACCAUUUUUCUAGACCAAUCAACCAACCAACCAACCAUUUUUUGUGUUGUAUUUUGAUUUUCUCAUUUUGCUUCUCUUAAUUCAAAUCAUUAAGAUUAUUUAUAUUCUUGAUGUGAACAUAAUGAUCAUCAUUAACAUUGUUAGAUAUAAGUAACAAAGUAUGACUAUAUCAAGAUUUCGGUAUUGUUUACUACUAAUGGAAUACAACUUGUAAUUCUGCUUGGGUAACCUUAUAAAAUCAAGAGUUUAUAUGUGUACAGUGCAUAUUAUUACUGUAAUCAUUAUUAUUAUUAUUAUUAAUACUAUUAACAAUGCACUUCAUCUUAACCCUGAUUUUGCAUAGGUAUUUACUCAAUUACAUCGUAUGUGCCUCUUUUCCCAUACAUAUAACUAUAUUUUGUUCGUAUCAACGUUAGUUUCUAUUUUAUGUUUUUGAUUUCUUUAAACUUGAACAAGUGAAUAAAUGUUUUCUUUUAAAGAUUAAUUCUUAUUUUCUCCCUCUUCUUAUCAUCUUUUAUUUAUAUUUCUACAUUAUAACAAAUUUUUAUCGCUUUUGUACAGCAAUUGUUGAAUGUAUUGAGAACGGCUACUCAAUACAUAUUUUCGGUUGAACAAACAAUCAAUCCAACCGUUAUGCAAAUGUUAUUCAUGUUAACUUUUUUCUGAUGCGAUAACUCUCCAUUGAUGUCAAUUAUCGAGACUUAUUGCUCAAUAUCUUUAAAGGGUAUACGUAUUCUACUUCACAAAGUGUAUGCAUGUCAAUGAUAACAUGAAACUAUGAGAAUAACAUUGACAUUUCAUUUAUGUCUGUAAUUUAUCACGUUUGAUGAAUUUAUAUGUGCAAGUGUAGUAGUAGUAGUAGUAUAUAUGAGAAAUAUAUUGUGUCGUCUUUAUUACAUUUUUUUUCAUUAUCUGUUAACAUUGGCUAUCAAUUGUUCAUAAAGUCUUUCUGUAGUAUGAUUCUUUCUAUCACUGACUAUUUCUUUUGCCUCCCAAUUCAAUUAGCUAUUUAUUUAAGUAUACAUUGCACACAAUGAUCUUGACUAUUAGAAUGUAGGUGAAGAAACACUUUUCAUUAAUAUAUAUAUAUAUAUACACCUUGAACUAGAAAAGAUGAUUCCUGCACAGUGAAGAUAAUUCUCAACUAUCUGUUUUAUUAAUUCAACUAACAAUUUGAACUUUCGCAGAAUUUCUUUAGUAGUCUUUUUUUUUACGUUGUCAUUGACGCUUUUCUCCAUUUUAACAAACAAACAUUCUAUGUUUGUUUGUUUUUUUUUCUGUCCAUUUCGAUGCUGACUACUUAUUCAUUCGGUAAUUGUUAAAGCCAAAACAAGAUUAGCUUUCUUUAAUGUAUAUGCACAGAUUUUUUUUUAAAAAAAAAAACGUAUGCAAAUACUCAUUUGCACGUAUACAAUUGCACAUUUAGAAAGUUCACUUUAAUCUGAUUUUUUUGUUUUUUUGUUUCCAGUCUGUUAGAAGAUUGUGCUGAACUUUUACUGUGUUAUUGAUGUUGAUGCAUUUUCUUUUAGUUGAUUCUUCUUAACCUUUUUUUUCUUUAAAAAAAAAAGGAGUUGUGUCUUUCUUUUCUCUCGGCUAAGUUUGUUUGCUAAUCUUACCUUCUUUUUUCUCUGUUAUUGUUGUUGUUGUUGUUGUUGUCUAUUUUGAUUGUCAAAUUAUUAUCUUAAUAUUAACAAAAAUGAAAUAGAGAAAUAUAAUUAUUAAAAUAUUAAAAAAAAAAGAAGUCAAAGAGCAAUGAGAAAAGUGUGUUUUUCUUUUCUUUUUUCUUUUUUUUUUCCUAAACGGAUACCAAAAAAAAUGGUUUUUAUUUCUUUAUCAUUUGCUUUCAUCAAUUGAAAUGUUUCUGUC